AUGGCUUCUACCAAGGUGCCGGUCUACUCGACCAAUGAUCUCAAAUCUACUAGCGACGAUGCUCUCCUUCCUUACCUGACCAACCUUCCCGCUCCAUACGCGUUCACGCCAGACCAUUCAAAGACAAAUAUCCGCUUCCUGCUUGGAUACAGCGCAGUCGCGAUUGCUGGGUUUACCUUCUAUGCUGACCGCAUACUUGGCUGGGAAGCUACCACCUCCCCUUGGAUUAUCGCAGCAGUUGUUACCUACUUUAUCUUAAACAGCAUUCUCACAUACUGGGUUUGGGGCGUUGAGGCUGGUGAGGUGUACUGCGGGAAGAGGAAAACCGGAGAGACGAUAUCAGUAUCUUCCUCAUCCAAGAAGUUCUCCAACAUCUACAAGCUGCACGUUUCUUAUAAGUCUGCUUCUGGCAAAGUCCUCCAAGAAAAGCGCUGCGAGGCUCCUUACGGAACCUGGUUCUCGGCAGAAGGUGUAUUCCACCCCGAGCCUUUCCGCAGUUGGCUGGCUGGUGAGAUUGAUGUUCUGAGAUUGGCGGCGAAGGAAAAUGAGAAGAAGUCUGGUUGA